AUGUCCUUGUCCUGCAUUUUGGCCUAUGCGAUCAGCUCCAUUGUUCUUCAAUCCAACAUUGAGGUGGAGCAGAAUGCUUUCCAGAACGACUACAGUUGGGGCUGGACAGGGGUCCUUCUGGUCAUUUCCUCGGCAAUGUGUUUGUCUGGGCACCGAAACCUGGAGUACCAGAGACGGCUAUCGUUCCUGUCUCUUUGGGCAUCCUUUGCGGUGCUGAAGGACAUUCAGGUAGAUGAUCCGGCCACCUUUGUGGACUACAUAGCCUUUGAAAGAAGGGCAUCCGGUGAUGCACAAGAAACCCCUGCGAAUGGCUCUGGACCGCAGGCGAUGAGGGAAACACGACUGGCUCGACUGAAGAGGGGACAGGAGCUGCUGCGCAGGUUGAGCUCUAGCCCUGGAAUGGGAAACCAAGCCUUCCGCAAUGCACUCAUCGGGCUCCUUGACAUCCUGUCCUCUGCACGGGAGGAUCUGGCACAGGCAGAUCGCCUUUUGAAGCCUGCCGUUGGCGAGCAGCUCCUGAAGCAGGGCAUCGAUGGUGAAGCGCAGCAGAAGCUGCUAGAUCUUUUCGAUGACUUGGCGCCUGUUCCCCGGCUCCCGCGAAAGGUUGACAAAAUGCUUGACAGCGAAGGGGCUGUGAACGGUUCUGAUGACAAGGAGAGGGAAAACAGAACGGAGGCCUGGGGCUGGGAGGUGCUUCCGGUCUCGGGACCUGUCAGUUCUGCCAGGAAGGCCGAUGUUCCUUCACCGCUGGCUGAUGCGGGAGAGUCGGUUCUGGUUCCCGCGGUCUCAGAAGCCGCAGGUGGCAACUCAGCACUAGGCUCCUCUCUGGUUGAGAGCUUGCUCGAAGCUCAUAGGACCCUGGGCUGUAGUGAUUCGUGUGUCUACCUCGCAGCCAUUCUUGCCAAGCUUUGGAUUUCCGUACUUCUGGUGACGCUGCGAUUCGCAAUGUCGUUCUGGGACAUUCCAGGCAUCAAGGCCGGCGUGGUCACCGGCGACGUGGCAUGGGCGCUGCUUCAACACGCAAAGGAGCACCACUAUGCCAUCCCCGCCUUCAACUGCACAAGCACUAGUACCAUCAAUUCCGUCCUUGAAGCCGGGGCGAGCCUCAACAGGCCGGUGAUGAUCCAAUUCUCGGAGGGUGGUUCUGCUUUCCUGGCGGGCAAAUCCCUGCCCAACGAGAAGGGCAAGCUGCAGGCAUCCAUUCUUGGUGCUGUAGCUGGCGCACAUUUUGCCCGCGCUGUCGCUCCUGCUUACGGCAUUCCGGUGAUUGUUCAUUCCGACCACUGUGCGAAGAAGCUGCUUCCGUGGUUCGACGGUAUGCUGGAGGCCGACGAGGCAUUCUUCAAGGCUCACGGAGAACCCCUGUUCUCAUCGCACAUGUUGGAUCUUUCUGAGGAGCCUGACGAGGAGAACAUCGAGAUCUGCAAGAAAUACUUGACCCGCAUGUCUCCUAUGAAGAUCAUCCUGGAGAUGGAAAUUGGAAUCACCGGUGGUGUCGAAGACGGGGUGGACAACACUGGAGCCGCGAAGGAGAAGCUCUACUCAACCCCCGAGGAUGUGUGGGCAGUCUACGCAGGUCUGAAUCCUAUCUCGCCCAUGUUCACGAUUGCAGCCGCUUUCGGCAACGUUCAUGGAGUCUACAAGGCCGGCAACGUGGUCUUGAAGCCAGAACUGCUGGCUGACUGCCAGAAGUAUGCCAGCGAGAAAUUGAAGGCCGAGGGCAAGGACAUUGCCAAGCCACUCAACUUUGUUUUCCAUGGUGGCUCUGGAUCCGAGAAGCAUCACAUCACAACUGCACUCAAUGCUGGUGUUGUGAAGAUGAACGUGGACACCGACACUCAGUGGGCAUACUGGGAAGGUCUGCUGAAGUUCUACAAGGCCAAAGAGGGCUACCUCCAGGGUCAGAUCGGCAAUCCGGAGGGCGAGGAGAAGCCGAACAAGAGCUAUUAUGACCCUCGCAAGUGGAUCCGCGAGUCCGCAGCCCAGCAAGAACACGAACUGAGCUGGGCCCUCGGAAGACUGUUGGUUGUGGACCAGUUGUGGAGUGAUGACGAUUCGAACGCGACUGCUGAACGCCUCCAGCUAGUGCUGUUGAAGACUUCUCCAUCCGGUGGCGAAGCCCGAGCGGCACUCACACUGCGUGCUGCCAACUGGCUCGCUCGGCAAACAGGGCUUUGGACAUACCUUGGACCCUGGGAACGAGUGGCGCUUUUGACGGGCGCUGCAGGCCUUCAUUGUGCUCCAAUCGGCGCGGUGAAAGCAAUGGGUUUCAAGCGAGAUGUGUUUGGCGCGCUCGCCGGCGGAGAUCCAUUGCUUUCCCACGUGGCCAGCUCUGCCUCAACAAUGCUGGCUCUGUCCACGGCUGGGCUGGCAAGCAUCGGAACAACAUCCGGCCGCCCUUCCUCGCGCGGUAGCACCGCAGACGAUCCGAAUUCAUUGUGGAAGCUGGUCCGGCGACUGCAGUAUCGAGCUCGUCCGCCCUGUGCUUUGGAGGAUCUGAAGCGUGUGAGGAUGUUGCUGGAGGCAGAUGAGAGCCCAAUGCCAUUCAAGUUGGAGAUGCUCGAAGGUUUCUCCCAAGAGGAGCUAGAAGAAGCCUUGGCCGCUGCGAGGGAACGGCGCCUGCUUCUGGCUGGAUUGGUUCUGGCUGCAGCAGAUCUGGCAUUCUUGGCAUUGCCCCAGAAGCAGCACUUUGCAUGGGCAGACCUUGCGCGUGACGACCGCGAGGUCGGCAUACAUGCCCCGCAGUGGCUGCGCGGUCUGGCAGAAGUGCUUGCCAUUCCUUUAUACGAUACGCUUCACACCCUCGGAGAGUUGGCAUACGGCGCCUCCAAUGGCCAUCUUCUGGCAGUGCCACUGGACCAUCUUCGCGAUCAUGCGCGUCAUUGGAAGAAACAUCCACUCCUGACUGGAGCGACACGGAGGAGGUCGCUACGAUCAUCCAGGCGCGCCGCUCCUUGCCGCAUUCAGCCAGAAAAUUCUGACAUCACUCGGGUGGCUUGA